UCUGCGAUCGCCCCACUGUGCGGAGCCGUAGGGAACCGAGGCCGACGGACUGCCGGGACCGGCUGGAGGGGUGAUUCGGCUCCAAAUCUGUGCCGAGGAUCUGCAAGCCGUGUUGCGGUGUUGCGGUGCCGCGGCGGAGAUGUGCGCGGCGGGGAGGCGCCGGGGCCGGCGGCAGCGAGCUCUGCUCUGCGUCGUCCUGCUGGCGGCGUGGCAGGCGGCGUGGGGGCAGCUGCGCUACUCGGUGCCCGAGGAGAUGCCCAAGGGCUCCUUCGUGGGCGACGUGGCCAAGGACCUGGGGCUGCAGCUGCCGGAGAUCCGCGAUAAUGCCGUGCGUAUUGUCACCGAGAGUAGGACGCAGUAUUUCGCUUUGCAGGAGAAGAUGGGACAUUUAGUGACGGCGCAAAGAAUCGACAGAGAGCAGCUGUGCGAGAGUGUCCAGCAAUGCGUGCUGCGCUGUGAACUCAUAGUGGAGGGGGAAAUGAAGUUCUAUGGAAUAGAAGUGGAAAUUGUGGAUAUAAAUGACAACGCACCCAGCUUUCAAGAGGCAGAUACGGAUCUGAGACUGAGCGAGACGACAGCCCCGGGGUCGCGGUUUCCCCUGCCAGACGCUCAUGAUCCUGACUCGGGCCGUAAUUCCCUGCAGAGCUACGAGCUGAGCGGCGACGAGCACUUCUCGCUGGCCGUGCAGACGGGCCCCGGCGGCGAUCAGCGUCCCGAGCUGGUGCUGGCCAAGGCGCUGGACCGGGAGGAGGCGGCGUUUCACGAGCUGGUGCUGAGGGCGAGCGACGGCGGCGAUCCGGCACGGACGGGCACGGCUCGGAUCCGCGGGACGGUGCUGGACGCGAACGACAACGCGCCCGUGUUCAGCCAGGCGGAGUACACGGUGCGUGUGCCCGAGGACGUGCCCGUGGGCUCUGUCCUCGUCACCGUCAGGGCCACGGACAAGGAUGAGGGUCUGAAUGGGCAAGUGAAAUACUCUUUAAAAAAAAAAAAGAGUUCAUCGCAGAUAUUCCACCUGGACUCUGAGACGGGAGCAAUCACUCUGGCACGAAGCCUGGACUUUGAGGAAGGCGAUACCUACGAGCUGGACCUACAGGCAUAUGAUGGUGGGGCUCUUUAUGAUACUGCAAAAGUCAUGAUCACUGUGACAGACAUCAACGACAACGCACCCGAUAUUUCCGUGAGGUCGGCACUAAACGAGAUCUCAGAAGACGCCCAGCCGGGAACUGUCGUGGCCCUUUUGCACGUGCAGGACCGUGACUCCGGGGCCAACGGCGAGGUGCGC